AUGGUGUUAAAAGCUGGAAUCUUGAUUCUAGCGCUCUGCAUUGGGAGUUAUGCGGCUCCCACUGGUGAGGAUGAUGUCUCUAUAUUCUUCAGGCGUGGAACCUCUCGCAUCGUCAGCGGAACUCCGGCGGGGUCAGUGCCCUACAUGGUAGCCCUUACUAGCGGCCUCUUGUUCAGAAGUUUGGUUUGCGGUGCAUCCCUCGUCACUAAUAGACAUGUGCUCACUGCCGCUCAUUGUAUCGAAUCUGUGUACAGCCAUGGCAGCUUAAGCAACAAUUUCAGAGGUGUCGUGGGGACUAACAAUUUUUAUACUGGUGGAACUGUAAUCAAAUUUGUCCGCAACAUUACUCACCCACACUACGUGAGCAGUAUCAUCAAGAAUGACAUAGGUAUCUUAGUAUCUCGGUCUGAUAUCGCUCUGAAUAAUAAUGUUAAAUUGGUCGGUUUGAACUACAACUGGAUGGGCGCAGGCGUCGCCACCACUGUCACUGGAUGGGGAAGAAAUGGUGAAACCGGACAUAUAUCUUACAAUUUGUUGCGACUCAACGCGAAUGUUGUUGACGGGACCCAAUGUGUGAGGGACGUGGCUCGCGUUGCCGCUUUGGUGAACAAGAGAGUCCCCGUUGUCCAACCACACCUGGAGAUCUGCACGCUGCGCUCUGCUGGUCAUGGGACUUGCUUUGGUGACUCUGGCGGGCCACUAGUACGUUCCGGCACCACUCAACAAAUUGGGAUCGUAUCUUGGGGAGUUCCCUGCGCGCACGCAGCCCCGGACAUGUUUGUGCGGAUCAGUGCUUACGAGGACUGGAUACAACAGAAUCUUCGC